AUGGCGUCGGUUUUAUCUUGCUGGUUGUUGCUGUCCUGUGAGUGCAAUCAAAUCCCGCCUGCUGCGUCGUUACAACAGCAUCUUGGUAGUCCUGAAGAAGUUGUCACUGAUGAUGAUGCUGGUGAUGAAAAGCUUCGAGCUUUUCAUGCUCACGUUGGAGAUACCGCGUAUCCUGUAGAGGUGGCUCAAAUCGGUGAUUCUAAAAGUUUCGCUGGUGAGCUUUCAAUGUAA